AUGUUGAAAGGAAGAGGAGAUCGUGAAGGUAACCUAAUUGUGGAGCUCAAAAAAGAGAAUAUUCAGAACAAAUGGCUAGCAGCAGCAAAAACAGCAUCCGUCACCAUUGCAGACAUCCACCCGCAUGAACCUGGUAACAUUAAUCCUGUAUACAUUAGAGAAACCAUGACUAAACUAAACAAACAAAUACUGUGGCUUGCCAAGCAAGAACUUAUAAUAAAGCUGAAUUAUAAAUAUGUGUGGUUCAAAAAAGACUUUGUUAAAGCACGUAAGGAUGAUAAGGACAAAAUACAUUAUCUUAGAACCGUAAACGAUGUGCAUGUAUUAGCUAAUCAGAAGCUGUAG